AUGGUAGCAUUGCCGUUCAAUGAGUUGAAGGAUCAACUGGGAUCCUCUCGUGCUCAAGCUCUACGAAGAUUCUUCUCUCUCGAAAGGCGCCUCAAGACAAAUCCAGACCUUUGGCAGGAGUAUUCCAAGGUUAUAGAGGAAUACGAGCAGCUCGGACACAUGAAGAAGGUGGAGAAUGAAAGAGAAGAAGGCUUCUAUCUCCCACAUCAUGCUGUCCUCAAGUUGUCCAGCAUGACCACCAAGGUCCGUGUUGUCUUCGACGGUUCAGCAAAGUCUAGCACCAAAUUCAGCCUCAACGACGCCUUGAUGAUCGGCCCAACUAUCCAGGACGAUAUCUUUUCCUUGGUCCUGAGAUUUCGACUUCCUAAAUUCGUGUUCACGGGUAACAUUGAAAAAAUGUACAGACAAGUUCUCGUCAGACCCGAAGAUAGGAAGUUCCAACGUAUUAUUUGGAGAUGCCAACCAACAGAUAAAGAAGUCAGCGUAUACGAACUCCAGACGGUCACUUUCGGUCUCGCUCCAGCUCCAUAUCUAGCAACUCGAUGUCUUCAUCAACUGGCUGGUGAUGAAAGGGAAAAAUUCCCCCUCGCCUCGAAGCUGCUGAAACGAGAUCUGUAUAUCGACGACGUAUUGAGCGGUGCUGACUCUCUGGAAGAAACGAUCAACCUCCGAGAUGAACCGAUAGAAAUUCUCCGUUGUGGAGGUUUCAACCUUCGACAGUGUGCCUCAAACUCUCCAAUGGUGCUUCAAGGACUUCCAGAUUGCACUGUAAAUCUCAAGCUACUCGGGGGGGCCGAUCCGAAACUGAAGACAUUAGGAGUUCACUGGGACUCACAGCAAGAUGUCAUCGUCUACACUGUCAACCCAAUCGCUACGAAGGACGUCAUCACGAUGCGAACGAUUGCUUCUGAUGUUGCCCGCAUUUUUGAUCCCCUCGGGCUUCUCAAUCCUGUCAUCACGCACACGAAAAUCAUCCAGCAGGAGCUAUGGAGACUGAAGCUAGAUUGGGACGAUUCCGUACCACACGAAGUCUCCACAAAAUGGAGAGAUUUCGCAUCUCAGCUACCUCUUCUGAACGAUCUCCGCUUCCAACGCCACAUCUUCAUUCCUAACGCUGAAUUUAUUGAACUUCCCGGCUUUUCAGAUGCCAGUGAAAAAGCCUAUGGAGCAUGUAUCUAUCUCCGUUCUGUCGACACAUCAGGAAAGAGCGACAUUCAUCUCUGGUGUGCAAAAUCUCGCAUUAUUCCGUUGAAGAGUUCACAGACAAUUCCACGUCUGGAACUUUGUGCUGCUGAGAUACUCACUGACCUCUACACCACCGUGAAAAGAGCUACAGACAUCAAGCCUACAAGGGAGUUCUUCUGGACAGACUCCAUGAUCACACUUCAAUGGAUCCACAAAUCUCCACAUAUUCUCGAAACCUUCAUUGCCAAUAGAGUGGCAAAGAUUCAACAGCGAACUGAUCCUUACGACUGGAGACACGUUCGCACCUACGACAAUCCAGCGGAUGCCGUGUCUAGAGGAGAACUUCCCGUAGACUUCAUGCAAAAUUCAUUGUGGCAACACGGGCCUCAGUGGCUUACUGGGGGAGAAGACACUUGGCCAUUCACUCCUGUCUAG